CAAAGGACACGAGUGAAGAGAGAUGCUGGGGGGAAAUCAGAACAGAGGAGGCAGGGGAAUCGGAUCCAGCGUGAGGUGCAGUGCGGUGUAGGUGUUUACUGUAGUAAGCCAACCUCCGUGCUGGAAAGCCGUCUGAUUUCCACGGUUACUGUUCACUCCACAAGGACGCGCGUCUCUCUGUUCUUUCGUUUGCCCCCAGGAGCUGAACCACACACUCGCACUGAAGUGCCCUCGGUAGCUACUAACUGGACGGACUCUCUGGCAAUUGACCUUUUGCAGCGGAAUAGUGGAAUAAGUCUCGAACCAUGAGCUCGGUGGCAGUGUUGACUCCAGAAAGCUUUGCAGAGCAUCGCAGCGGUCUCAAGGAUCAGGAGAUUACAGGCUGUGUUCCAGAGGAUGAGGCCUAUAUUCCCACAUACCUGGAAGCCUUCCCUCCACUGCCGGAGAAAGGAACUCCAGGUGAGAAAGCAGGAGAACCAGCUCCAGCCUGGGGAAGUAAGAUCAGGCCCAUCAAAGCUUCUGUCAUCACCCAGGUGUUCCAUGUGCCCCUGGAGGAGCGUCGUUACAAGGACAACAGCCAGUUUGGGGAAGGCGAGGAAGCCAAAGUUUGCUUGGAUAUUAUGCAGCGGACUGGAGCGCACAUUGAGUUGUCCCUGGCCAAAGACCAGGGCCUCUCCAUCAUGGUCACCGGAAAACUGGACUCUGUCAUGAAGGCUCGCAAAGAGAUUGUGGCCCGACUGCAGACACAGGCCUCAGCUACAGUUGCCAUCCCCAAGGAGCACCAUCGUUUUGUUAUUGGAAAGAAUGGCGAGAAGCUGCAGGAACUUGAACUGAAGACCGCUACUAAGAUUGCCAUUCCUCGCCCAGAUGACCCCAGCGCCAACAUCCGCAUCACCGGCACCAAGGAGGGUAUCGAGAAGGCUCGCCACGAGAUCCUCCUCAUCUCCGCUGAACAGGACAAGCGUGCGGUGGAGCGUCUGUCCCUGGAGAAGGCCUUCCACCCCUUCAUCGCCGGUGCUCACAAUCGACUGGUGCAGGAACUGAGCCAGGAGACGGGCGCCCGCAUCAGCAUCCCACCGCCCAGCCUGCCCAAAGAUGAGAUCGUCAUCACCGGGGAAAAGGAAGCCGUCGCGAUGGCCCUCAGCCGCAUUCGAGCCAUCUACGAAGACAAGAAGAGGAAGACCACCACCAUCUCUGUGGAAGUGAAGAAGUCACAGCACAAGUACAUCAUAGGGCCAAAAGGCAACACUCUGCAGGAGAUACUGGAGACCACAGGCGUCUCUGUGGAGAUGCCUCCUCUGGACUCUGGCUCAGAGACCAUCAUCCUCAGAGGGGAGCCUGAUAAGCUGGGACCUGCACUCACACAGGUCUACGCCAAGGCGAAGAGUGUGAUGGUGGUGGAGGUAACGGCUCCAGCCUGGCUGCAUCGUUUCAUUAUCGGCAAGAAAGGACAGAACAUCGGGCGGAUCACGCAGCAGCUUCCACGGGUUCAUAUAGAAUUUACAGAUGGUGAGGAGCGCAUCAGUCUGGAGGGUCCGACAGAAGAAGUGGAGCAGGCUCAGGCCCAGAUACAGGAAAUCAUCAAGAACUUGCUGGUCAGAAUGGACUACACCGAAGUCAUUAUAGACCAGCGCUUCCACAGACACCUCAUUGGAAAAAACGGAGCCAACAUCAAUCGGAUUAAGGAACAGUACAAAGUGUUGGUACGGAUUCCCCAGGAUUCAGAACGAAGUAGCCUGGUCCGGAUCGAGGGAGACCCAAAGGGAGUGCAGCUGGCACGUAGAGAACUCAUUGAGAUGGUCCAGAGAAUGGAAAACGAACGCACCAAAGACUUGAUUGUGGACCAGAAGUUCCAUCGGACAAUCAUCGGCCAGAAGGGAGAAAAGAUCAAAGAAGUUCGAGACAAGUUCCCUGAGGUCAUUAUCAAUUUUCCCGACCCAUCACAGAAGAGUGACAUUGUGCAGCUGAGAGGACCGAAGAACGAGGUGGAGAAAUGUGCCAAGUUCCUCCAGAAAAUCAUUGCUGAGCUGAUUGAGAACAGCUUCUCACUGUCUGUUCCCAUCUUAAAACAGUUUCAUAAAAACAUAAUUGGCAAAGGUGGCGCAAAUAUAAAAAAGAUUCGUGAAGAGACGAACACAAAGAUCGACCUGCCGACAGAAAACAGUAACUCUGAGAUGAUCAUCAUCACGGGCAAGAAGGUGAACUGUGAAGCAGCCAAAGACCGAAUCAUUGCCAUUCAGAGAGAGCUGGCCAAUAUUAAGGAGACGGAGGUAACCAUCCCAGCUAAGCUGCACAACUCUCUGAUUGGCUCAAAGGGCUGGCUCGUGCGCUCCAUCAUGGAAGACUGUGGCGGCGUGUACAUCCAUUUUCCCUCUGAGGGCUCUGGUUCAGACAAAGUGACCAUCAAAGGCCCUGCUGUUGAGGUGGAGCGGGCCAAGAAACAGCUUCUCCAGCAGGCUGAAGAAAAGCAAAUCAAUAACUUCACAGUUGAGCUGCAGGCCAAACCAGAGUACCACAAGUUCCUGAUUGGCCGCGGAGGAGCCAAUAUUCGCCGUGUACGAGACAAGACGGGGGCUCGAAUCAUCUUCCCUUCACCAGAUGACACGGAACAGGAACUGAUCACCAUCGUAGGCAAAGAGGAGUCUGUUCGACAGGCCCAGAGAGAGCUGGAGAGCCUGGUCAAAAACCUGGAUGACGUGGUGGAGGACAGCAUGAUCGUGGACAUUCGACAUCAUCGUCACUUUGUGUGCCGAAGAGGCCAGGUGCUGCGGGAGCUAGCUGAGGAGUACGGUGGCGUGGCCGUGAGCUUCCCUCGUACGGGAGUCAACAGCCAGCGGGUCACUCUGAAAGGAGCCAAGGACUGCGUGGAGGCUGCGAAAAAACGCAUCCAGGAGAUUAUCGAGGACCUGGAGUCCCAGGUGAACAUGGAGGUGGCCAUCCCGCAGCGCCACCACCGCGCCGUCAUGGGGCCCAAAGGUUGCCACAUUCAGCACAUCACCAGGGAACACGAGGUCCAGAUCAAGUUCCCAGAGAGAGAUGACAAUGCCGCAGGUCAAGAGCUUCCUCUUCAGGAGAAUGGUGACAUCAGUCCAGAGGCGGAGUUUGUCCCCCACAAGUGUGACAUCAUCAACAUUUCUGGGCGGGCUGAGAAGUGUGAACUGGCUAAAGCUGCCCUGCUGGCAUUGGUGCCCAUUACAGAGGACGUUGAGGUGUCUUACGAGCUGCAUCGUUACAUAAUUGGCCAGAAGGGCAGUGGAAUCAGGAAGAUGAUGGAGGAAUAUGAGGUAAACAUCUGGGUGCCACAGCCAGAAAAGCAGCUGGAUGUGAUCAAGGUGACGGGCCAGCUUGCCAAUGUUGAACGUGCCAAACAGGGUCUGCUGGAGCGGGUCAAAGAACUGCAGGCUGAGCAAGAGGACCGGGUCCUGCGCAGCUUCAAGCUCACCAUGUCUGUGGAUCCAAGGUUCCAUCCCAAGAUCAUCGGACGUAAGGGGGCCGUCAUCUCCCAGAUCAGGAAAGAUCACAACGUCAACAUCCAGUUCCCUGACAAAGGAGACGAGCAGCAGGAUGUGAUUGUGAUCUCUGGGUAUGAGCGUAAUGUGGAAGAGGCGUAUCAGGCCAUUGAGAAGCUUGUUGCCGAGCUGCAGGAGAUGGUGAGUCAGGAUGUUCACCUGGACCCACGGACGCAUGCGCGCAUCAUCGGUGCUCGUGGUAAAGCCAUCCGCAAACUGAUGGAGGAGUUCAAGGUGGACAUCCGGUUCCCCCAGCCGGGCUCAGAUGAACCGGACAAAGUGACGGUGACGGGCCUUCCAGAAACUGUUGAAAACGCCAUUGACCACCUGCUCAACCUAGAGGAAGAAUAUAUGCUCAGUGUGACAGAGACAGAGACUUUGGCAGCGUACAUGAAGCCUCCGUCGCGUUACGGGGGAUCAGGAGGCAGCGCUGGAGGAGUGGAUGACGGCAGCGGGGGGCCGGCGAAGGGAUUUGUAGUGCGGGACGCCCCGUGGAACGCAACAGGGAAUAAGGUGGGAACUCAUCGACAGCUCCUGACAUGAGCAGUGCAGAGGAUUUCCCCACCUUUGGGACCGGCCUCACCCCAAAGCAGGCAUCUGCUUGGGGCCCCAAAAAGUUCUGAAGCUGCUUGUCUUGGAGGAAAGAAAAGAGGAGGCGGAAAAAAAACCCAAAAAAAGCAUGGACUUGUGUAAAAGUAUUGAGAGACAAAAUCUUGAAUCAGUGUGCUGCUCGGCUUCUUUUCUCCGUAUGUUGUAAGUGUCCCCCCCCCCCGUUCAUUUUGUUUGUCCCUCUCUAGGCCACAGUGACUUCUAGGAGAACCAGUCCUUUUUCCUCAUCUAUUUGUUAGUUCCUGCACUUCUUUCCACUAAAGGGGCUGAAACAUUUUGAAAACUGCUUCCCCACUUAAAAAAAAAAAGGAAACAGCCCUCAUUGUAUGACUAGAAAUGCUUUAGAUUUUUAUUUAUCUGCUGAAUCAGGGAUGUGAACGCUUUUAAGGAAAUGUGGACCCAAGUUUGACUUUAGUCUGUUUUUUUAAGCUGGGGGGGGGGGUUUGAAGUCUUCUAUCUUGGUUUCUUGUUGGCUAACGCGGUGCAGCGAGCAGAGGGAUAACGUGUGUGUGUGUGUGUGUGUGUGUGCGACAACGGGUUGAGUUCAGGAGCGUUUUCACCCACAAGUGUUUGUCGACCCAUUUAAUUAUUUUAAGGAUGGGAGCAAAGCGGCUGCUUGAUGGAGAGGAUUUUUUUUGUUUUUUAAAUUGUGACGAAUCAAAAGAUGUGAAUCGUACUGUGUUUAUAACGGAACUUGUUUAUUUAUUGAAAAGGAGCCAUUUUAUUUAAAACUACUGUGACCACUGUAGCUUGACGCUUAAGAUCUUAUUUUGGGAGUGAAUGUUGUACAUCAGGGUUCGGGAUCAUAUUAACAGUUACGUGUACAUAGAACUUUUGGCUAUUUUUUUAAAUUAAAUUUUUGUUGUU